CAAGUAGGGACUUGUAAAAUGGGACCCAAGGAAGAUUCAGAAGCUGUUGUGGAUCCAAGACUGAGAGUAUAUGGAAUUAAAGGACUGCGAGUAGUUGAUGCAUCUAUAAUGCCAUUUGUUCCUCGAGGAAAUACUAACGCACCGACAAUUAUGGUCGCUGAAAAAGCUAGCGAUAUGAUUAAAGAAGACUGGCCAACACCAUACUCCAGCUAA